AUGGCCACAACGACCCUAACUGAGACUCGGACAAAGGCUCGAGGGCCGAAGCCAAAGAGCAAUGUGAAAUUGGCACCCGAGAACGAGCGUUACAUGAGGGCAUGCGCCGACAUUGCCAGUGCCUUGAUAGACGAUUAUGAGGCUCAGGCUGACGGGUCAAAGCCUAAGAAGGACCUCAAUCUUAAUGCACUUCGAGGGCAAAUUGCAAAGAAGCAUUUCCUGAAGAGUCAACCCCCACUAACUGCUAUCAUCGCUGCCGUACCAGAGCACUAUAAGAAAUACAUAUUGCCAAAGCUAAUAGCAAAGCCGAUACGGACAUCAUCAGGGAUAGCAGUUGUAGCUGUGAUGUGCAAACCCCACCGGUGUCCUCACAUAUCUUAUACUGGCAAUAUAUGCGUGUAUUGCCCCGGAGGUCCAGAUUCAGAUUUCGAGUAUUCUACGCAGUCAUACACAGGCUACGAACCGACGUCAAUGCGAGCGAUUCGUGCCCGUUAUGACCCUUAUGAACAAGCGAGAGGAAGAGUCGACCAAAUAAAGUCCCUAGGCCAUAGUGUAGACAAGGUGGAGUACAUUAUCAUGGGUGGCACCUUCAUGUCAUUGCCAGAAAGCUACCGAGAUGAAUUUAUAUCGCAGCUCCACAACGCCCUCAGUGGAUAUCAAACGAAUAACGUAGACGAGGCCGUCGCCGCUGGCGAGAUGAGUAAUAUCAAAUGCGUAGGCAUAACCAUAGAAACUCGCCCAGACUACUGCCUGGACCAACAUCUCUCAGCUAUGCUCCGCUAUGGUUGCACACGUCUCGAGAUUGGCGUGCAAUCUCUCUACGAAGACGUCGCUCGAGAUACAAAUCGCGGCCACACCGUUGCCGCCGUUGCCGAAACAUUCCGGCUGGCCAAAGAUGCUGGCUUCAAAGUCGUCUCACACAUGAUGCCCGACCUACCCAACGUGGGCAUGGAGCGCGACCUCGACCAGUUCCGCGAGUACUUUGAGAACCCAGCAUUUCGCACCGACGGCCUCAAAAUCUACCCCACUCUCGUCAUCCGCGGCACAGGGCUAUACGAGCUAUGGCGCACAGGGCGAUACAAAAACUACACCCCAAACGCCCUCAUAGAUCUCGUCGCGCGGAUCCUAGCCCUCGUCCCGCCAUGGACACGCAUCUACCGCGUUCAGCGCGACAUCCCCAUGCCACUCGUGACCGCAGGCGUCGAGAACGGCAACCUACGCGAGCUCGCACUCGCACGCAUGAAGGACUUUGGAACAACCUGUCGUGACGUGCGUACCCGCGAAGUCGGCAUCAACGAAGUCAAGAACAAGAUCCGACCCGCCCAGGUCGAACUUGUGCGUCGCGACUACUAUGCGAACGGGGGCUGGGAGACCUUCCUAGCGUACGAGGACCCGAAGCAGGAUAUUCUUAUUGCCCUGCUACGACUGCGCAAAUGCAGCACGACGCAUACCUUCCGGCCGGAGCUGACUGGCCAGCCGACGAGCUUGGUGCGUGAGCUGCAUGUGUACGGGAGUGCUGUGCCGGUGCAUGCGCGUGAUCCGAAGAAGUUCCAGCACCAGGGGUAUGGGACCUUGUUGAUGGAGGAGGCGGAGAGGAUUGCGCGGGAUGAACAUUGGAGUGAGAAGAUUUCUGUCAUUUCAGGCGUUGGGGUCAGGUCGUAUUAUGCUCGGCUCGGGUACUGGCUGGACGGACCAUAUAUGUCCAAGAUGAUCGUUCAAGAAGACGACCCGUGA